GAGCUGCCUUUCAGUGUCACCCAUCAGUGCCAGUCAGUGCCACCUAUCAAUACCAAUCAGUGCCACCUAUCAGUGCUGCCAGUCAGUGCCGCCUAUCAGUGCCAGUCAGUGCCGCCUAUCAGUGCCAGUCAGUGCCGCCUAUCAGUGCCGCCUAUCAGUGCUGUGUCAGUGCCACCUAACAGUGCCAGUCAGUGCCAGUAUCAGUGCUGCCUAUCAGUGCUGCCUAUCAGUGCCAUGUAUCCGUGCUGCCUUGCAGUGCCCAUCAGUGAU